GCUCCAGGACAGCAGGAGAAGCUCAGCAGCCCAGAGGUGCCACACUUUUGCCACAGCUGGACACUCUAGGAGGAGGCAUUCACUGUAGAGCCCACGCUCGAACUUCCAGCGCUAGCACUGCAGCGCCAGCCAUCAGACCCCCUGUGGAUAGCAUCACCAGCACCAAGAACCGAGCCCCAGCAUCACGGAGAGAUGCCCUUUGGAGGAGGAAACAAGUGUGGCUGCUGCCAAAAGACUGUGUACUUUGCCGAGGAGGUACAGUGUGAAGGGAAGAGCUUCCACAAGUCCUGCUUCCUCUGCAUGGCCUGCAAGAAGAACCUAGACAGCACGACUGUGGCAGUCCAUGGGGAUGAGAUCUACUGCAAGUCCUGUUAUGGCAAGAAGUAUGGUCCAAAAGGCUAUGGCUUCGGUGGGGGAGCGGGGACCCUAAGCAUGGACACUGGCGAGUCUGUUGGAAUUAAGCCUCAGCAGCAGGCUCCCCACCGCCCUACCAACAACCCCAACCCCUCCAAGUUUGCGCAGAAGGUGGGCGGUUCAGAGGUGUGCCCCCGGUGCGGCGUGGCAGUUUACGCCGCAGAGAAAGUGGUUGGGGGUGGAAACGCCUGGCACAAGAGCUGCUUCCGCUGUGCUAAGUGUGGGAAGGGCCUAGAAUCCACCACCCUAGCCGACAAGGAUGGGGAAAUCUACUGCAAAGGGUGCUAUGCCAAGAACUUUGGUCCAAAAGGGUUUGGAUUUGGACAAGGAGCGGGAGCCUUGGCUCAUUCCCAGUAGAACUCCAAUCCCAGGACAAUACAGCAGCACUUCCGAUGACCCCUCCACACCUUCCACAUGGCUUCACUCAUUCCCAGCAUCCUUUAGCAUCACAUGACCUCAUGCAAGCAGGGUGACAUGACAGUUCUGAGUUCCUUUAGCUUUAAGAUAAAAAGAAAAAUACAUCAGAUUUUACUGCUCAUGAAAUGUUUGUUUCUUAACCCAAGCCAAUGUUAUACUUUUCUCACAUCUCAGAACCAGAUUAUAGUCAUUACAUUGGAUAAGGUAUAAAAUCAAAACUGAGAGAGUAUAUAAUGUAUAUAUAAAGUAUAUACUUUUUCAUAUUUGAUGUAGAACUGCAUGCACACACAUUUAUCUUGGCCAUAAAGAAAGGAACCACUAAACUAAGAAACUAACUUCUUUUUUGCCUGCAAAUUUUUUAAACCUAACAGGCUUUUGUGACACUAUAAGGCAUUUGAAUGAAAAUGUAAAUGCUGUAAAUGUUAAUGACACAAUGUGCUUUUAUUUCAAGUUUGCAUUUAGGGUUAUUUUAGCUUUACAGACAUACCAUAGAUGUUGGCGGUCCUUGUGCUGAAUUAAAUGUUCAUGGAACAGGUGAAAUGUCAGUUUAAGAGACAUGCAACCCAGCAGAAAGACAUAGAGGGAAAAUUCCAGAAAAAAAAAAAAAAAAAAAAACAUUCUUCAAAACAACUUUUACACUUUCAUGCUUAUGUUUAGGAGUCCAGAGCACUUAUCCUAACAGCAUUAACGAUAUUGCACAAUACUGAAUUCUUAAAGGUUACUCACACUUUGAAAUGUAAUUAAUUCUCAAGGGCUUUCUGAGUUUUGUGCAUUUUAACACACUAUGUCUUAACAUGUUGCCACAGUAACUCUCAUCUAGUCUAUUUGUCAUCUAUCUGUCAUUCAAUCACGCUGAAACCAGAUGUUGUGCAUAAUGCACAUGCAAGGUAAAAAAAAGCCUGAAUAAAAACUGAGCAAUGUUUAAAACAUUGCUUAACUGGCUAUUACCUGGAAAUUUACAAUAGAGCUUAGUUUAACAGACAUAUUCACACACUUAGUGAGAAACAGGUAGAAAGGCCUUAGUUCUGGGUGUCUAGUGUGGUUUUUACCAUACAUUGCCCUAUCAGUAUAUCGUGUAUUUAUGGAAACACACUGUUAGUAUGACUUCUUAUCGUUCUUCUCAAUGUAUUCCGAUACUUUGUGUUUCUUACAGUUUCCAACAUACUAUACAUAGCUGGCUCUGAAUUACUAUGCAAAGCAGUUCUUUGCAUCAUAGUUUUUGUUCAGGUGGGUUUUCCAUGAAGCUCAGAGAAUUGGUGUGGUGCUGUUGGGCUUUGGUUGCAGCCACAUCCCACAGUACAGAGCAAAGUGUAAACAACAGUUGAGAAAGGAAAACACCGCCUUUGAGCGAACAACAGCGGCUUGUCCUUCCCACAGCCUGGGAAUAAUAGGGUCCAGAUGUGAGCAUCCCUCCCCAGCCGGCACCGCCAACAUUGGGGGUCAGAGACUUGCCCGCUCGCCAUACAUCUGGGCAGGCCGACUUAUCGUCAUUAGUGGCACUUUACAGCAAGUCUUUAGAGUGAGUACAGAGGAUACUGGGGCAAAGUCUCCACCAAAGCCCAUCCACACAGCAGAGCAAUUAAAACAAAAUAACUAACCAUCACGUAAUAGCGCUGCUGUACGUGUGUGUAGAGAGAAAGAGGGUGGAAAGUGGCAAUAUCUCAAGGAGUUCUCUUCAUAAAAGGGAACAGGAUAUACAGUACUAACUGUACUUGCAAAAAGUGAAGACCAACAAAAUAUUUCUGUGUAUGAGCAGAAGGAUAAAAGACAUAAAACCUACUAAACUGGGCAAAGUUUCUGACAAAACCCUCACCUGAUGCACUUCUGUGAAUACCUGUUGCCUUUAUCUACUGAAAACAACAUUCAAAUUGGAUUUCUGCACAGGAGACUCCAAUAAGCAAAUCAUUUUUUAAUAAAUAAAAAAAUACUACAUUACUAAAGUAAUUUUAAAAUUUAAAAGUGAAUAGAAAUAACAUAGCAGAGAGAACAUUUAAAGGCAGAACUACUGACUAAACCAGCAAGUGCUACAUGUAGGUAAAAAUGGACCAUGCUCAGUUUCUGAAAAAAAUAUAAACAAUUUACACUAUAUAUUUGGUCACUUCUGGUUUAAUAAAUGUUUUGUAUUUACAGAUGAGCAUUUUCAUGAGUCCAUCUAAAAAGCAAACAACUGGCCUUUGCAGCCAUAGCACAGAACAGUCAGUUUUGGUUAUGCAGGGAACCCCAUUUUAAGGCAUACAGAAUUUAAAUGUGCAACAUAUAAUAAGACUUGACUAGAAUAGAUAUGACUUAGUUGCAAAUGAACUUAGUGCUGACACUCACGUGUAUUUAAAAUGAAGUGGAUUUAUUAAAAAAAAUUAAAUUCAAAACUCACCUCUUGCAGACUCAC